AUGUCAAUGAGUGAUGCCUACAAUGUUUACGAUACAAUUCAAUUCAUAUCAGCUCUUGGAGUUAAAAAAGCCAAACAAUCAAUUGAUCAUAUGAUAAUUAAAUCUGUUUUAGCCGGUGUUCUUCUAUCAUUUAGCGGUUUAUUCAUGCUGACUGUUGGUGGUGGAGGUGCUCCAAUAGAGCAAAAUCUUGGUCCUGGUGUACUCAAAAUGGUACAAGCUGCCGUAUUUCCUAUUGGUCUUAUUUUAAUUGUUAUUACUGGUGGUGAAUUAUUUUCUGGUAAUAUAAUGACAUUGGUUGUGUCAACAUUACAUGGAAAAACAAAAUGGCAUCAUAUUAUUAUUUCAUGGAUUGUCUCUUUUCUCGGAAAUCUUGUUGGUUGUAUAUUUUUUCAAUAUAUAUUUGUUUAUUAUGCAGGUCUUCUCACUCAUGAUCCUUAUCGUUCAUUUACUGUGCAUUUGGCUGAGACAAAGGGUAGUACUCAAUGGCAUCAAUUAUUUUUAAAAGGUAUUGCUGGUAAUUGGCUUGUAUGUCUAGCAAUAUGGUUGGGUACAAGUGCACGUGAAUUAGUUUCGAAAAUAGUCGGUGGUUUUCUACCUCUCUGGUUAUUUGUUGCCGUUGGAUAUGAACACGCAAUUGCCAAUAUGUUUACAGUUCAAAUGGGUAUGAUACUUGGUGCUAAUUUAUCCAUUGGAAAAUAUAUUGCUUGUGUAAUGAUACCUGUUACGCUUGGAAAUAUUUUAGGCGGUGGACUUUUUGUUGGUGUCACAUAUUGGUAUCUUUAUUUAAUUGAAAAAGUCGACACUGAACUUAAGAUUGAUGCUAAACUACCAGUCAGUAAUACUGAUGAAAUCAUAGGAAAAAAUGAGACAAUAGUUGAAAUUCAGGAAUUGUAA